AUGGCGCUGGUCCACUCUCUGACCGUGUCCACUGAGCGUCCAGGACCAGGCCUGAUGGGAGCGAUGGGUGCCGUCAGCAGCAUGAUGCAGAGUCACGUCUCUUAUCCUGACCGUGCUAACAUUGAGGUCAGCACCAGGUUCCGUAAGGGCACGCCGGGCUCGGGACGCCUGCUGUCCGAAUCCUCACAGGGAAGUCAGACUCCGUCCAGCAAGAGGAGGAACGUCUCCGACAGAGCCCAGGGCUUCGGGACUCGCUCAAAUUCACACCAGGACUUAAUAAGAGACUGGACCCAUAAUCAUCUGUGUGUGGACGCACCCCCGAGACUGGUCCCAGUGUCUGGACAGCUAGGAAGAAGCGAUCAGCAGACCCUAAUCAGACCCAGUGCCUUCAAACCCGUGCUCCCGAGGAGCCGAAACGGCGUGCAGUAUCUGUCCCCGCGGCUCGGAGCCGGUCUGUCGGGAAGCCAAGGAAACCUCAGCAUGAGUUCUCCAGAAGAUGAAGACGUCUCGACCGUGACGACGGAGCGGCGCAGCACUUACAGCGGCGCUCGCGAUGCUCUGUUCAGCCAGUCCUUUACCAUGAGCCAGAGCCAGAACCAGAGCCAGAGCCGGAGCCAGAGCCAGAGCCAGAGCCAGAGCCGGAGCCAGAGCCGGAGCGAGGACAGUAAACAUCACGGAAACUCCAACUCGGACAGCGGCCGCUCCUCGUCCAGCAAGAGCACGGGUUCCCUGCUGACCGAACCGCUGUCCCCGGCACCCAUCCAGACCUACGAGGCCAUCGUCAGAGACCUGGAGGACAAGCUGAGGGAGCAAGACCUGGAGCUGCAGCAGCUCCGAGAAAACCUGGACCACAACGAAGUAGCCAUCUGUCAGGUGUACGAGGAGCGUCAGAAGCACACGGAGCUGGACAUGGAGGAGUUCAGACAGACGUGUGCGGCGAAGAUGCAGAAGGCGUCUCAUAAAGCGCAGCGCGAGCAUCAGCUCCUGCAGCUCCAGGUGUUUCAGCUUCAGCAGGAGAAGAAGAAGCAGCAGGACGACAUGACACAGCUCCAGCAGGAGCACCAGAGACUCGAGGAGCGCUGCACAUCCUACGAACGAGAACACACACAGCUGGGGCCCAGACUGGAGGAGACCAAGUGGGAGGUGUGUCAGAAGUCUGGAGAGAUCUCCCUGCUGAAGCAGCAGAUGAAGGAGCUGCAGGGGGAUGUGGCGCAGCGUGUCGGUGAGCUGGUGACGCUGCGUGGACAGAUGCGAGAGGUUCGAGCCGAGCUUCAGACGUGUCAGAGUCAGCUGCAGGAGGCGCACACAGCCUCACGCACACGGACGCUGGAGCUCGAGGUCUGUGAGAACGAACUGCAGCGCCACAGGAGCGAGAACCAGCUGCUCCGGGACAGAAUAAGCCGCAUGGAAGAAGAGUCGUCUCGCUCGAGCGUCGAUGACAGCGAGGAACUGAAGGCACACAAGCAGCAGAACGACCGUCUGACAGCAGAGCUCGCUCACGAACGCCAGCACUCCUCUGAUCAGGCGUCUGCGUUCGAGAGCGAGAUAAAGAGCUGGGAGGAGGAGAAGGAUAAAGUGAUCCGCUAUCAGUCUCAGCUGCAGCAGAACUACGUGCAGAUGUACAAGAGGAACCGAGAUCUGGAGCGAUCGCUCCGUCAGCUCCACCUCGAGCUGGAGAACCGGGAACAGGACGAUGACAGCAGCGGGAACGAAGUCACGUUCGGCGACAUCGCUGCGACCGAGAUCUGACAUCAGUAAUCGUCUUCUGUUCUCAGAUAGUGCUGUCAAACUAUUAAAUCCUGAUUAAUCACAUCCACGUAAUAUAUACACAGUACACACACAUUGUGUAAACAUUUUAAUAUUCCUUUAUUUGACAGCACUAUUCUGAAAACAGAGUAAGGGGAUGUUCACACAGAACAUGUUUUUGGCACGUAGGAAGUGGAAAAGGGAAAAAACAUGUUUUUUGUUAAUUGAACAACUUAAGUUGAGCGCUGAAUUUUAUGCGUGGAACUCUACAAACACAUCUGUGUUGGAGAGAAAAACAAUGUAAUAUAAGAGUGGAACAGGAAACGCUUCUGUGUGAACAGACAGAGCUCAGUGCUUACACAUUAUGAAGUACUCUGCUCUUAUCAACAGCAACAGAACUGCAUCUGUAUUGCUAUUCAAUAAUCAUCUAUAACUGCGAGGACAUGAGCAGCAGUAAUUCUGACAGGAGCUGAACAUGUCUUUAUUAAACUAAUGUCAGCAAUAUUCAUUAUUUUCUAAAAAGCUAUUGACUGUGAUAUUUGUAGUAAAAUAAGCCCAUUACUGCCACUGUGAAUAGAUCUUGUGGGUGACUGUGCUGGUGUUGUCAUUUUUUUAUGAAACCAAUUCACUGUAUAUUUUCUGUGCUGUAUAUUUAAUGUUCCUAUGAGCUGUUUGUAAUUAAACACCUGCAAUGA